UUGGUAAACUGGCCUAUUGAAGAUACUUUCUGAGUCCCUAUUUAACAAACACAUACGUUUAAAAAAACAAGCUGAACUUAUUGUGGAUGACUUCAAUGUAUCCGCUUCUAACGUGGAAGACUUUGGUACAAUUCCUAUAGUCGCUCAUGAUUUUAAAAUGCAUAAAUAACUAUCAUAAAACAACACAGCAAAACUCAAGUCUGUUUAUAGAAGAGCAUUUCAUAACAUGGCGUUUAGACGGAUAUAAGUAUAGUAUGAGUAUCUAUUAAAAGAUGCAUUAUUGACAGCAUUGGGCGGAUGGAGUAGUCGUUGUUAAUGCUAUACACUUUUGUUUUGUCUCAAGUUUAGUUUAAUCACCAUGUGUGACGAAGCAACUAAAGUGUUUUAAAUAUAUCCACGAAUGUUGGUUUGCAAUACCAUUAGUUUCUAUAUAGAACUUGUCGUAUUUAAUGUGUUUGCAAGAUUAUACAACUUACAAGUGUUCGAAUACGUUUGAAUGAUUGAUUUUAGAAUGUACAGUUCACGUAUUGCGUUUAUGGACAAUAUGUAGGAAAGGUCGAUUUAUGAUCUCAAUUAAAAUUUUAAUGUUAUAUUCAUUUUCGUCUUUAGGAUAUUAUAUGUUGUCUUUAAUUGCUCCGAUGAAAACAUUCGCAUUGGUCAUUCAAUACAAAUUAAGUUUAAAGUUUGUCGUAUACAUUUUUUAAAACAUACAAUAGUGUAUGCACUCGUGUGCUAUUAUUUCAACUCACACGACCGAGUACCAUUCUGCAAACGUGUUGUUGCCAAAUAUUAUUUUCGCAUUUAGUAUUGUUCAAAAUGUUCACGACAUAACAUUGACCGACUUCACCCUUGAGGCGUGCCGAGGUCACGGGAUCUACGGUGUAAACGUGCACGACAUUCAGAUUGAGAACAUGGAGAUAAGAAACACAGGUUUAACUGGUGCUAUGUUGAAUGGAGACAGUCGUGACGUCACAAUCACACAGUGUAUGAUUCAUGACGUAGGAGGUGGCAUUUUUCUAUCCGGCGGUAAGCGCGCACUUCUCGAGUCGUCUGGAGCAGUGAUCGAGAACAAUGAGAUAUACGAUUAUUCUCGCAUCGGGGCCGUUGGUUACCACGCAAUGGCUCUUUACGGUGUGGGACAUUUGAUCAGGCACAACACAAUCUACAACGGACAGUACACUGGGAUCUGGUAUAUGGGCAAUGACAUAGUUAUGGAAUACAACCACGUUCACCACACGUGCGUAAACGCAUCCGACUGUGGGGCUCUGCACACCGGUAGAGACUGACAACAGUAUGUAUCACCCGAAACAAUUGACCACUCGCCAGCUGUAAACAAA